AUGAGCUGUCUGGAUGUUAUGUACCAAGUCUAUGGUCCUCCUCAGCCUUACUUUGCAGCAGCUUAUACUCCCUAUCAUCAGAAACUAGCCUUUUACUCGAAAAUGCAAGAAGCCCCCGAGAGCAGCAGCAAUGCCAGCACCAGCAGCGGGAGCUCCUCCUUCUCCAGCAACACUCCGGCCAGUAUCAAAGAGGAAGACUGCAGCCCGGAGAAAGAGCGCCCCCCGGAGGCAGAGUACAUCAACUCGCGCUGUGUCUUGUUUACGUAUUUCCAAGGAGAUAUCAGCUCCGUGGUGGACGAGCAUUUCAGCAGGGCUCUGAGCCAGCCCAGUAGCUACUCGCCCGGUUGCGCCAGCAGCAAAACUCCAAGAAGUUCUGGGUCCUGGAGGGACGGCUCCUUCCCGAUGAACCAGCGCAGUUUCCCCCCUUCUUUCUGGAACAGCACGUACCAGCCAGCAGUCACAGCAUCCUCGCUGAGCAGUCCAUUGGCUGCAGCUCACAGCGACCUCCCCUUUGCUGCAGCAGACCCCUAUUCCCCAGCCUCUCUGCACAGCCACCUUCACCAAGGGGCAGCCGAACCCUGGCACCAUGCACACCAUCAUCAUCAUCACCAUCAUCACCACCCGCAUCCCCACCCUCACCAUCCUUACUCCCUGGGCGGGCCAAUUGGGGCCCAGGGCACUGCCUUCCCCCGACCUGCCUCCAUGCAUGAAGUCUAUGGCCCCCACUUCGACCCCCGCUACAGUUCACUGCUGAUGCCCCCAGCCUCGGUCAGGCAGCACCGCCUCACGCCAGCCUCAGUGCCCACACCAGUCAGCCCACCAUGCGAACUGGGCAAAAGCGAGUCCGCCGGCUCAGCAUGGACCACGCCAGGGGGGCCCUUCCCCAGCCCCGCAGGAGACAUGGGACAGAGCCUGGGCCUCAAUGUGGACUCAGCUCGUCGUUAUUCCUUCUGUGGUGGAUCCCUCCUGAGCUGA